GCGCAGCCUACAUUGCCCGUCGUGCCGCGCCGAAGGCGGUACCACCGGAAGCUCGGCGCGGACCCACUUCCGGUUGUGCGCGAGCUCUGAGCGGAGGCGAGCCCGCGAGCCUGCACCCCGACGAGACAAGAUGGCCGGGCUGCCCCGCAGGAUCAUCAAGGAAACCCAGCGCUUGCUGGCAGAGCCAGUCCCUGGGAUAAAAGCAGAGCCAGAUGAAAGCAACGCACGUUAUUUCCAUGUGGUCAUUGCAGGUCCACAGGAUUCCCCCUUUGAGGGUGGGACAUUUAAACUUGAACUAUUCCUUCCAGAAGAAUAUCCAAUGGCAGCUCCUAAAGUACGUUUCAUGACCAAAAUUUAUCAUCCUAAUGUAGACAAGCUGGGAAGAAUAUGUUUAGAUAUUUUGAAAGAUAAAUGGUCCCCAGCUUUGCAGAUUCGUACAGUCCUGCUAUCAAUCCAGGCUUUGUUAAGCGCUCCCAAUCCAGAUGAUCCACUAGCAAAUGAUGUAGCUGAGCAAUGGAAGACCAAUGAAGCCCAAGCCAUAGAAACAGCCAGAGCAUGGACUAGGCUAUAUGCCAUGAAUAAUAUUUAAAUGCGCUUUGAACAUCAAGUGUGCAUCACUUCUCCUGUUCUGCCAAGACCUCUUCCUUUUUGUUUGCAUUUAAUGGACACAGUCUUAGAAACAUUACAGAAUAAAAGCCCAGACAUCUUCAGUCCUUUGGUGAUUAAAUGCACAUUAGCAAAUCUGUGUCUUGUCCUGAUUCACUGUUGUACCGCAUGAGCAGAGGCUAGAAGUUAUCAUCUGGAUUGUUGUGAAAUUGUUUGAAAGCAGCAGCACAUCUCUGCUUUUAAUCAUUUUUCCCAUCAUGGUUUAAGUAUAAGCACUGUGAAUGAAGGUAGGCAGGGUUAGCUGCAGGGCUUUUCGUCUUAAUUUUGUGGGCUCCUCUUCCCUUUUUAUGGUGAUGCUAAUUGCAUUGGUAAAAGCAGCUAACCAGUUAUACUUUAGAAUAUACCCUCUAGCCCAGUCUAACUUAGACGCUGUAGAUGGACAAGCUUCAUUGUUUGAACAAAAAAAAACCGGGAACAUUAAACAUCCAUCACCUUCACUAAUAAUAUUGUGAUUCUGCUGUCAAGUGUAGAAAAUCCCCCCAAGAAAAAGCUUGUGACCAUUUUGUAUGGCUUGUCUGGAAAAUCUCCUGUAAAUCUUAUGUUUUAGUAAAAUAUUUUUUGUUAUUCUACUUGGCCGUUGUACAGUUUAUUUUGCUGUGUUUUCAUUUCUCUAAUGUGACAAUCGUAUUUAAGAAAAGAUGGAAACCAGAGCUACGAUUUGUCUUCACCAGUCUGACAGAUUAAACAGAGAAGAGAGAGAAUUCCCAAGAUUUUUUUCCUUUUUGCUUCUGUUUGCUGGCUGAUUUUUAUUAGCUUGUGUUAUGUGGCUGACCUUACCUGGCCAAUUUAAUAUGAAAUUGAAUUUGGAGUGACUUUUAGAAACAAGUCUCUGUAACCAUUAUAACCAUAAUUAUAGCAGUGCGUUGAUAUGCAUUUUCAUGGAAAUAACCAUAAUCAAGCAGGAGGUUGAGAGCAGAUGACAGCGCUAAUUGUGAGUAUCUGCAUAACUUCUCUUUGCUGGUUGUCAUCAGACUUUAGGCUACACAGUUUUCUAACUUCUUGAAUUCUGCCCUCUAUUAACAUGUAGUAUCAGCGUGUAGAAUCACACUAUGGCCAGCUUGUGUAGUGACUGAUGUUUGCUUAACCACUUCCAGCUAGCACCUCAUACCACUGGUUUUCUCUACAAGCCUUAUUAAGCUACUUGCUUGAGCAACCAGUCUGCUUAAAUAGUAGCAAAGCUUCCCUAUUGGAGGGAAGGAAAGUUAUGGAAAACUUCCUUCUCAUCCUUGUUUUUGGUGUAUGUGUCUUGUCUGAGAGUCCAGCAUUUUUCUUGGCCUUCAUCCAUCUUACUGCUUCCCUUAAUUUCUUAUAUCCAUAUUCUCUUUCCUUUCCCCAAACCUUCUCCCUCACAAAAAAGGGGGGAAAAAUGCUUAAAAGCUUUUGGCAAGGCCAACCUGAAGUGUAUAAAUGACAGCUUGUAGUGUUUGCAUAGGGAGUGUUUUGUCAUGCAGUUCAAGGGGUACGGUUAUGUAGUCUGUUGGUAUUCUCCCUCUUUCACCUCUUCUUGCUCCAGUGUCAUCUGAAAUUUCUAUAGAAUGUGGUGUAUUUAUUGUGCUCUUCUGUAAGAUGAAGAAUAUCUAUUAAAACUACAUUUUCCAACAGACAGCGCUUUCAGUGGUUAGUAACCGGUGUUGUCCCUCAGAGUGUUCUUUGUAACAUGGUUGAAGCUUGGUUCACAAUUCAGCUUGAACACCAGACUGAGCUAUACAAAAACUGUUCUAAAACAGCUAGUUUCUGUGUGUGGAAUGUAAGAUAAAGUUGCAUUCAGGGUUUGUAAUAAAUUUAUUUGUUCUUCAGAGUGGGUAAGCACUGUUAACCCUCUCCUCUUGUUACAAGUGAGCAUGUGUUUGGGUUUAGUGGGCAUAUAACCUGUGUGUGCUAUUAACAUGGGCAGCUUUCAUGGCAGGCAGCUGAGUGAGCUGUCUACACCCUGGAUUCACCUCACCUACUUUUUAAUGCUUUACUUUACAUGUACAGCUUUCCCUAGCUCUGCCUCUACUUCAGUGAGGAGCAGCACCCCCAGAGGACAGUCAGACCCCUUAAGCACCCCCUUUAAAGAUGGCUUUCAAUAAACAGGACCUGGCCUGGCAGUCGGGCAGUUGAACUUCAAAUGAGGUGGGAUGAAUCCAGACCCAAGGUCACUUAGCAAAUGGCUAGGUAUUUGUGUGUUCAGGGCUUAAAACUCAGCCAGAGCUGGCAGCUAAUCAGAGGCUAUAAUUAAAGCUAAGUCCUUAAUGGACUAUAGUUAAUGUAUUAAUGAAAAACAUCCUCUGCCUCCACUUUCUAGUGACUGAAUAACGUAGCUCAUUGAACUGCUUGAGUACGCAGCAGCAGCCAGUAUGUGUGAUUUAAAACCCUUUAGAGUAUUUUCACGUGAUAGCUGUAAUGAAGGAAAUUUUAAAUGGGCUUCCUAAAAACUAAAAUCUGUUUGUUGUGGGUCUCUUCAACAUAUUUGAACUGUUUUGAAGUUGAUUGUAUGUAUUAAAAACUAAUAUGUAUUCAACUUUUAAGCCCAAUUUAAGAACUCUCUAUAAAGCAGAGUUGGGAAUUUCAUUGUCUUACACUGAGGAAGCUUUUUGGCUAAAUUCUUUGAAGGCAGUUACAUCUAACCUUUUUCCUCAGUUAAGUAAGUGUAUUUCCACAGCCGUUAUCUGAAGCUCAGUUACUUGUGUUACGUCUACCUUCACAGCUGGUUUGCAAAUGCAGCCAUCUUUUAGGGAGCACUAGUUUUAGCUGGUUUUAAUGCCUCUCCACUGGACAGAGUUACAGUAAAUUUAAAAUAAAUGGGUUUCCUUCAGCAUUACUGGUGCUGUGUGCCAAAUGUCCUGACAUCCUGAGCAAGAGCGGUGACACUGCAUGUUAUAUGGUGGAGGCUGGAGAGUAGCUGUUGGGCCAGGGUUAGCACAUGGGCUCUGAAACCUCACAUGCAGAACACUUCUGCAGUAGUUACCAUACUUCUCUUUUAGAUGGAGAGGAGGAUUUGGACAGCUUUAUUUUUGCAUAACCAUCCGGUGGUGGUGUCCUAAUGUGUAGCCAUGUUCUGGCAUGGAUGUGAGGCAUGUUGUCACUGGGAUCUGAUGGGACAGGUUGUUUGUAUCUCAGAUGACUUUAGACUAAACCAAGGGAAAUGUUGUUUCUGUAGCUUUCAAGAAAGUGUAUUUCCACACAUUGAGUUAUUGUGAAGCAUCUGAAUGGACUAGUAACAUCAGCCAUUGUGACAUCUCGAACUAGUAACAUCAAAACCUGUGACAUCUCAAUCUGUGUACAGUCCUUGAUGGGAUUUUUUUUCUUUUCUGAGGGUUACACUUAAAGUGAAAUGUCUGGUAGGUUUUGUCAAUAACAUGUCUUGACUGUAAUGUAAUAUGACACUGAAAUAAAAGGAAGAGUGAUUAUUCA